GGAGGUAGGUGGCGUCGGUUUGGGGCUCUGGCGCUCAGUUGUUGUUUUCCCCUUUGCCCCUUUUUUCCCCCUUCUCUUGAAUAGUUUGAGGCGUUUCGCUUUCACAGCCGCCAACAUGAGCGACUCCGAAGAACAAACCUACAUCGAAAGGGUUAAUGUUCAUGAAGAAAAGAAAUGUGGAAGAAGUCAUUUGACAAGUUUUGUGUAAUAAUUGAAGCUCAGGAAUAAGUGAAGCUGAAUUGGGGAAAAAAAAAGAAUGCAUGCUAAAAAAAAAGACACGAAGUCCCACAAAUAGAAUGUGUGCAGUGUGUGAAGUGGGAAGAUGAACCAAGUGAGAAUUUGAAACUGAAGAAUGAAGAAAAGAAAUAGAAUGAAGUUAAGAUCAGAAGUAUCUGGAAUCAGAAAGCACUACGCUAAGAUUCACGUUCCCCAUCUAAAUCAGCAAGUGAAAGUCUUCGUGGAUCUGGCAAGUCUGCCAGCCAGUCUCCAGCAAAUUCUGCUGAGCGCUCUCAUUCUAAGGAUGGAUCAAGGCACUCCCGAUCCAAGUCGCGAUCACGUUCGCGAUCCAAAUCCAGGUCUGUAUCUCGGAGGAGUUCUCGGAGACGUUAUUCAAGGUCUCGAUCCCGAUCUCGCUCUCGCCGUAGGCGAUCUAGGAGCAGGUCCUACAGCCCUGACUAUAGGCGACGUCGUAGCCACAGCCGGUCGCCUAUGUCAAAUCGGAGGCGCCAUAUUGGUAAUCGGGCUAAUCCUGACCCCAACACUUGUCUGGGAGUUUUUGGAUUAAGUUUGUAUACCACCGAGCGAGAUCUGCGAGAAGUCUUUUCAAGGUAUGGCCCCCUUGCCGGCGUCAAUGUCGUUUAUGAUCAGCAAUCAAAUCGUUCCAGAGGCUUUUCUUUCGUCUACUUUGAGAAUGUUGACGACGCUAAAGAGGCUAAAGAACGUGCAAAUGGAAUGGAAUUAGAUGGGCGCAGGAUCCGUGUUGAUUUUUCCAUUACUAAAAGAGCUCAUACACCUACCCCUGGUAUCUACAUGGGAAGACCGACCUAUAGUUCGCGUCGCAGAGACAGUUAUGACAGAUAUGACAGAUAUGAUGACCGAGAGUAUUACAGCAGGUCCUACAGAAGACGUUCUCCCUCUCCAUAUUACAGCAGGGGUGGCUAUCGCUCUCGCUCCAGAUCCCGCUCCUACUCACCACGUCGUUACUGAAGAUCUUGCGUAUCCAAAUAGCAAACUUAAGGCCAACAGACCUGCAGCCGAUCUAUUUGCUGAAGAUUUCUUUUAUAUGAAAUGAUUAUUUUUAGUCAUGUUUGUGUUUGGGUUUCCCCCCUCCCUCCCCCUUCCCCAGUGUUUAGUGAGAAACAGUGUUCUGGUUGUACUGGGUUGUUAUCAGUAAAAUAACUCUUGUUAUAUUCUUGGGCUAGAACAAUAUGCUACGUAAUCUUGAGCAGCUUUGAGUGUAGAGAGGAACACAAAUGUUAAAUGACCACGCAGCUGCAUUUCUUUCAUUAAAUAACGAAUUUGAAGUUUGGUGACAAAAUAAUAUUGGAUGUGUAAGAUUCAGUGUGUGCAGAUCACAGACCUGUACUUGUGGCAACUUUGGUUUUCUUUUUCCAUUCAGUCCCAUGAACUCAGUGAAGGGCUUUUCUUUACAAUGUGAAAUUAAAAUCUUCAAUUUUGAAAAAUGAAACUGUAAAUUAUUACAAAUUGGUGCUUGAACAAAUUCUUGUGUAAGUAUGGUAAGUGGAAUUCUGUUUGUUAAGGUUCCACAAAAAGAAAUUUCAGCAUCAAUCACAAGAAUGGUGGGGAAAUGCAGCACUUGUCAGACCAUGCCUCUCAACUAAUGGCAAUUAACUGAAUUUGGUUAACUACUGAUUUUUUUUUAGUUCCUUCAGAUUAAGUUAUUUGAUCUUUCAUGGGGCUAUUACUGUAUCCCAUUGGGUAAUAUUUGUUCGUAUCCAUAAAUCUGGGUUCACGUUGUAAAGAGACUGUUCUGUUAAACAAGGAUUUUGUACCAGCACACAAUCUGUGGUACUGAAUAGAAGUGUGUGAAAUGCUUUUAAAUAUCUGAUGCGAAAUUAACAUUAACUUCAG